AUGUUUCGUUUUUCCCUCCUCAGACCCAUUUUCCCCUCACGAUCCUUUCACUCUUCUCUUCCACUUCAAUGGAAGCUUCGAGAAGAAACAACCAAUCUCUCCCAACCCCAACUCAUCGACCGUAUCUCCCGCCUCUUAAUUCUCAACCGUCCCCACUCCCUCCAAAAUCUCACUUUCAAAUUCACCGACAACCUCACCGACUCCCUCCUCCGCCGCCUCCGUCUCAACCCCUCCGCCUGUCUUUCUUUCUUCAACCUCGCCAUACACCACUCCCAUUACCGUCCUCAUUCCCUCUCGUACUCCAUCCUCCUCCACAUCCUCGCCCGCGCUCGCAUGUUCCCCGAAACCGCAACUCUUCUCCGCCAGCUCAUGGACCUGCAUUGUACUAACAACUACCGCGCAUAUGCGGUCUGUAAUCAUGUACUUACCGUUUAUAAAGAGUUUGGAUUUUCACCUUCUGUUUUUGAUAUGUUGCUUAAGGCCUUUGCGGAGAAAGGGAUGACGAAACAUGCACUCUAUGUGUUCGAUGAAAUGGGAAGGCUUGGCAGAGUGCCUGCUUUAAGGUCUUGCAGUUUCUUGUUGGGUAAGUUAGUUAAUAAGGGAGAAGGGAGUGUUGCGAUUAUGGUUUUUGAUCAGAUUGUGAGGAUUGGGAUUGUGCCUGAUGUUUAUAUGUGUAGUAUUGUUGUGAACGCGCAUUGUCAGGUUGGGAGAGUAGAUGUUGCAGUGGGAUUUUUGGAGAAGAUGGUGAAAGAGGGAUUGGAGGUUAAUGUUGUUGCUUAUAAUGGUUUGAUUAAUGGGUAUGUUAGUCAAGGGGAUUUUGAAGGAGUUGAGAGGGUGUUGAGAUUGAUGUCUGAAAGAGGGGUUUUGCGGAAUGUGGCUACUUGUACUAUGUUGAUGAGGGGUUAUUGCAAGAAGGGGAGGAUGGAUGAGGCGGAGAAGUUGCUUCGGGAAGUGGAGGAGGAUGAGUUGUUGGUUGUUGAUGAGCGUGUUUAUGGUGUGCUGGUGGAUGGUUAUUGUCAAAUGGGGAGGAUGGAUGAUGCUGUUAGGAUUCGAGAUGAGAUGUUGAGGAUUGGAUUGAAGAUGAAUAUGGUUAUAUGUAACACGUUGGUUAAAGGAUAUUGCAAGGAUGCUCAGGUUUGUGAAGCCGAGCGAGUGUUUAUGGGGAUGGUAGAUUGGAAUUUAAGGCCGGAUUGUUAUAGCUAUACUACACUGUUGGAUGGAUACUGCCGAGAAGGGAAAAUGAACAAGGCUUUUAUGCUUUGCGAGGAGAUGUUAGGGGAGGGGAUUACUCCAUCGGUUGUCACAUAUAAUACUGUUCUUAAGGGAUUGGCUCUUGUGGGUUCCUAUGAUGAUGCUUUGCACCUUUGGCAUUUGAUGGUAGACAGAGGUGUGUCUCCGAAUGAGGUCAGCUGUUGUACCAUGCUUGACUGCCUUUUCAAGAUGGGAGAUUCUAACAGGGCUCUGAUGCUUUGGAAAGAAAUUUUAGGCAGGGGCUUUACUAAGAGUGCAGUUCCAUUCAACAUAAUGAUUAGUGGAUUGUGUAAGAUGGGGAAAGUGAUUGAAGCAGAGGCAGUUUUUGAUAGGAUGAAGGAACUCGGGUUGUCUCCGGAUGAAAUAACAUAUAGGACUUUGAGCGAUGCAUAUUGUAAAAAGGGAAAUGUUCAGGAAGCUUUAAAAAUUAAAGGUGUGAUGGAAAGACAGGCGAUGCUGCCUUCCAUUGAAAUGUACAAUUCCCUUAUUAAUGGACUUUUUAAGGUUAGGAAGUCAAAUGAUGUUACAGAUAUACUUGUUGAGAUGCAAACAAGAGGAUUAUCACCAAAUGUUGUUACCUAUGGGACCCUUAUUUCUGGUUGGUGCAAUGAACAGAAAUUGGACAAAGCUUUUCAUUUAUAUUUUGAGAUGAUAGAAAGAGGGUUCACUCCCAACUUGGUGGUCUGUAGCAAAAUUGUUAGCAGCCUUUAUCGGGAUGCUAGAAUCAAUGAAGCUACUCUGAUCCUAGACAAGAUGGUGGAUUUCGAUCUUCUUACAGUUCAUAAUAAAUGUUCUGAUAAUUCGGUCAAAAACGAUACAACUUUAGUAGCUCAAAAAGUUGUUGAUUCGCUUAAUAAAAAUGCUAUAUGUAAUUCUCUUCCAAAUAAUAUUGUGUACAACAUAGCUAUAGAUGGACUUUGCAAGUCAGGAAAAUUUGAUGAAGCAAGAAGUGUUCUGUCAGUUUUGAUAUCUAGAGGUUUUCUUCCAGAUAAUUUCACAUAUUGUGCAUUAAUUCACGCCUGUUCAGCUUCUGGCAAUGUGGACGAAGCAUUCAAGUUAAGGGAUGAGAUGCUGGAGAGAGGUGUUAUUCCAAAUAUUACUAUAUAUAAUGCAUUAAUAAAUGGCUUGUGCAAAUUAGGAAAUAUUGAUCGAGCACAGAGACUUUUCCAUAAACUUCAUCAAAAGGAGCUGGUUCCUAAUGCUGUCACCUAUAAUAUAUUAAUCAGUUGUUACUGUAGAAUUGGUGAUCUUGAUAAAGCCUCUAAACUGAGAGAGAAGAUGGCAGAUGAAGGAAUUUCCACUCGCACUCUGCCUUGA